AUGCCCGUCAUCCCGAAGCCCGACCAGAUGCAACAUGGAACCACUCCAGCAACAGCUCCAAUAAGAAAUCACUACUUUCCACCUCCAAAACUACGGCUUCAGCUCAACGAUUUAAGCCAUGAGGGUACUUCCAACUUCCUCUCCAAUGUCAAGGGCAACGAAGACAUCGAAGAACAAGUCGAAAACGUCCUCAACUUGCUCUACUUAGCCGACUCGAGGCGCCCAGGAACAAGAUCGGUGACUUUCAUUAUUCGGGAACUGGAUGGCGUUGCCUACACCAUUGGCACAGAUCUCGAUGAAGACCACAAAGAAAUUCACAUCAACCUGAACUACAUCAAGGACAAGGACCGUCACGAGAUCCUGGGUGUCAUCUGUCACGAACUUGUUCAUUGUUUCCAAUGGAACGCAGAGGGAUCCUGUCCUGGAGGCCUAAUUGAAGGCAUCGCCGACUGGGUGAGAUUGAACGCGGGUCUCGCCGCCAAACAUUGGAAGCGCAGCGCGGACGGCAAGUGGGAUGGCGGGUACCAGCACACUGGCUACUUUCUGCAGUACCUGGAGCGGAGGUUCGGCCCAGGAACUGUCCGACGUAUCAAUGGAUGCUUAUGCAAAGGGAAAUAUGAUGAGAAGCAAAUGUUUGAAGACUGCUGUUCCGGACACCAUGUAGAUGAGCUGUGGAAGGAGUACGGGGAGGACUUGGAGAAGACGAAAAAGAGAGAGGAAGAUGAGAUGGCUCGCAAUGGUGAUCCCAGUGCGCAGGAUGAGGCAGACCACGAGAGAUGA